AGUCAUUCCCCCCUCUUUCGCUCUCUUUCUUCUGCCUCUCUUUCUUUCCGUCCCUCACUUUCUAUUGCAAAUCUUUCUCUCUCCACCUCUCGCUCUCCUCCUCCCUGUCAUCCCUCUAUUUGUGGGUCCAGGCAGGGCCUAGUGCUCCAGGCAGGGGAGCUGUAGCGUCAGCCAGGCAGUCAGAGGAUCUUCUUGUUUUGGGACCAAGGAGGCACAGCCAGACAUUUUCCACCACACUGCAUCUUCAGGCACCGCCAGAGAUUAUUUCACAGGUCGGAGCUUAUGGGGAGGGGUGCUUUUCCCAUGACAGAGGGAGGGACGUACUGUAGAGAAAUGAAAGCGAGGCAGAGUUAAACGCUUCCUGCCAGAGUGAUUGAGAGCGAGUUUAUUCAGCCGGCCGUUUCUACCUGAAGACAUGGAGCACCGUUUCCUGAUGAGACUUUGGUGAGACCGGUGCAGCCCUGUCACGCCCACAGCGCCCCCUUUCGGCCCGGACGGCCCACCAUGCCCCGGCGCCUAUGAAAGGGUACCAUGUCAGCCGUAGCAUGUCCCAGCAUUCCUCCGGUGGUGGCGGAGGAGGCCCCUGCCACUGUGCGCCUGAGGACUGUGAUGGCCCGGGCAGAGAGUACUACCAGGGUCACAGCGAUGGCCACUAUUACCCUCCAGGAGGUCCAGCUGAGGCCCUGGCACUGGAGAGACACCAUUCCCACUCCCACUCGCACUCCCAUAGCCACUCUGGAGGGGGAACCUUCCCCCGCUCUCACCCCAGCCAGCACCCACCUCUCCAGUCGUUUGACUCUUGCGAGGAGUGCCUGUCCUCUGGCCACGGAGGGAAGAUGCAUCGCAUUCCCCCGAACCUGAUAGACCAGUUCGAAAAGCAGGGGCCCUUUCAUCCUGAUGGCUUCCACACACUGCAGUACCAGCGCACCACAAGUGGGAGUGCUGAACAGCGCAGCGAGAGCCCCUCACGUAUCCGCCAUCUGGUCAACUCUGUGCAGCGCCUCUUUGCCAAGUCCCAUUCCCUCGAGGCACCUUCCAAACGGGAGUACAACGGCACGAGAGGCGGGGACUACCGUAGCGAGAGAGGAGGAGGCCACAGGAGUGGAGGGGAGGAUGGAGGAGGCCACUACUCAGGCCACCAGCCUCGCUCUACCAGGAGGAGCAAGUCUCGAGAGCGUAGCAAGAGUGGAGACUCAAGACAUGAGUCGGGCAGACGCCACCGCAGCAGGACAGCAGGCUGGUGGAGCUCUGACGACAACCUGGACAGCGACAGCAGCUUCAUGGUCAGUGGGGGCAGACGGGGGUAUCCCAGUGGACACGAGAGCCUAGAUGCAGCCAUUCAGGAGCUCACCAUGAAGAGGCCCAAAGAGCGCAGUGGUGGGCCGGCGCCUGGGGAGUGCAUUGCCUGUACCACCAUGGCUCUGACUGGGAAUGAAGGAGGGGGGCACCAUGGGCACCACGGCCACUCCCUGAAAAGGAGCACCUGGUCAGCCAUGACAGUUAGUCAGGCCAGGGAGGUGUACCCUUCCACCAGGGGAGGGGGCUACGACAAAGCCCUUGUUCCCGUGGAGAGUAAGCUGAAGGAGAGGACCUUCCACUACCUGCAGGUCCCGUCAGAAGACUGGGGAGGUGGAUAUGGCGGCGGGGGCGGUGCAGCCGACAGCGGAGGGGAGAUCCCAUGCCGUCGCAUGCGGAGCGGCAGCUACAUCAAGGCCAUGGGCGACGAUGACAGUGCUGACUCAGACACCAGCCCCAAAGCCUCACCGAAGUCCACCCUGAUCGCCCAGAGGGAUGCCUUUAGGCGAUCUAUCAGCAUGGAUCAAAGGUACUCAUGUAAGCAGUGUACAGACUCCUACCCCAAUAGCCGAACUACACCCAAAACCCACACCCGCUCUCGUAGUUACACCCGCUCUCUGACCAGCUCACAGCUGGGAGACACGUUGAACCGCCAAUUUGAGGCGGUUUGUGAGACCAUGUUCGGAGAGGUGGAGUCUCAAGCCGUCGAGGCCCUAGAUCUUCCAGGUGUGUUCCGCACUCGCAGCCACAGCUACGUCCGCGCCAUCCAGGCCGGCUGCUCCCAGGACGACGACUGCCUCUCCGUCUUCUCCAUGUCGGGUCCCCAGGGAAGCAUCAAGGGUGGGGCCGUCUUUCCUUAUCGUAAAGGUGCUCCUCCCCCACUCCCACCUCGCAUGUCCAAAUCUUCACUCUCAGUGCGAGCCCAGAGCAGCACCGAGUCCACCCAGGAUGCCUACUUCCAGAACAGCGGACAGUUGGCGUCAAGCUCGGGCCCCGGGCGCCCCAAGCAGCACAGCAACUCCGUGGACCUGGGCAGCUCUGACGGCCCCUCUGGUCGCUCCUCCAGAGGUGGUUACUACACUGCCACGGGCCCUGGACGUUCCCGGCAGCACAGUAACUCAGCAGAGAGCCUAGAUGGGGCGAGGGGUUCACGGGAGCUGGUGCCGUACGGAGGGGGUCCGGGAGUUGGGGUGAGGGCCAAACACAGCAGCUCAGCUGACAGUCUGCUGGAGGGGCCACCGAGACCGGCCAGGGAGAGGGACGGCAGGGUUGGGGGCAGCCUGGGGAAGUCAGUAUCCCUGCCUCAGAACAGCAUAGUGUUGAGUAAAGCUGGGGGGCAGGACGAAGGACGUGGUGGGAGAAAGUGGAGGCCAUCCAUAGCUGUGCAGGUGGACAGCUCGGAGACUCUGUCAGAUUCAGACGCAGAGGGCAAAGCUCUGACAGAGGUCCACUCUAUAGGAGUCCAAGUAGAAGAUGACAAAAGGCGAGCUCGUUUCAAGCGGUCCAAUAGCGUGACAGCAAGCGUGCAGGCCGACCUGGACCCUGAGGGCUUCCCGGCGCUCAGCAUCGCCGUGCCAACACAGGACAAGAGUCUCCAGUUCGGCUGCUCCUUCCAACGGCACUCUUCAGAGCCGGAGUCAGCUAGCCAGUUCACAGAGUGCCACCGCACAGUCCACACACAGGGACAAUGGGCCUACAGAGAGGACUUUAUCCAGAGUGGCUAUACCACUGAACCCUGCCCGGCAGACCCACGGCCCCACCAGCACCCACACCUGCCUCCACGUUCCCACUCCCCUCUGCCCAUCACUGAGAGAGCCUGGGCCGGUACGCCGUCCCUGGAGGGCCCUCGCAGCCUGCCCGACUCAGGUCGAGCCUCUCCCUGCAUGAGAGACGGAGAGUUCUUCUUACGCCUCCUGCAGACGGAGGUGGAGAGGAUGGAGGGCUGGUGCCAGAACAUGGAGAGAGAGGCUGAGGAGAACGAACUGCCAGAGGAGAUUCUUGAGCUGAUUCGCAAUGCAGUUGGCAGUGCCCAGAUGCUCAUGUCUCAGAAAGUUCAGCAGUUCUUCCGCCUCUGCCAACAAAGUGUGGACCCAUCAGCAUACCCCCAGCCCACCUCUCAGGACCUGGCAGGCUUUUGGGACCUGCUCCAGCUCAACAUAGAGGACGUCAGGGUCAGGUUUCAGGACCUCCAGAGGCUCAAGGACUCUAAUUGGAGGCUCCCACCUGAAAAGAAGGAGGAUAAGAAGCUUCCUCCGCCCUUACCAAAGAAGCCAGCAGGCGGGGUGAGUGGCAGCCUCCGUGCCGAUAGUAGCGGGGAUGGGGGCGCUGGAGGUGGAGGAGGUGGGUCGGGGGGCCUGGUGGUGCCUCGCCUGGGUGGACAUACCCUACCCAUCAGGGAGAAGUCCCUGGACCUCGGGGACCGUCAGAGGACAGAAGCGAGGAGGAGGCUGCUGCAGACCAAGCGCGCUGCCUCUUUCAGGCAGAACUCGGCCACAGAGAGCGCCGACAGCAUCGAGAUCUACAUCCCCGAAGCCCAGACUCGACUCUGAACACAAGACGGAGGUGUCUCCCACCCACCUCCUCACUUUACCCCCAUCCCCGCAAAGCCGACCCCCGCACAAAUCUCAGUCUUUCUCUGAGCCCAGUUUCGGCUCUACCCUCCCUUCAGUUUUUCCAUCACUUCACUUACCAUAACUGCAAAUUCACUUCUCUUGCUCAUUAAACAAGCAAUGACAGCCAUUUUAGUGUCUUUAAAUUUGGACAUUUUACUGACACAGAGGCCUAGACCUGAAAUGGUAGCUAGCAGAUAUGAGUUAUAGACUUUUUUUAAGAAUUCUCUGGAUUUCUUUUUGGCUCUCAGCAAACAAGAAACAGUCCACUUUUAUAACAGUAGUCAGCGGAGGUUCACGCAGUAGUAGCAUGCCUGUGCGUGUUCACCUAGCACUUCUCCAUCACUGAAAAUAAAGGGCUUAACAGGCACAAAACCUCUGUGUGAGGAGAUGACAUAAUCUCUCUAUGGAUCCCCUGUUGCCAUCUCCUGAUUACCAUUUUCAACAGAAUCAACUAAGAUAUAUCCACACUAUUCAUUGAUGCCAACAGUAUGGAGGAGUGAACAUGGAUUCAUUUCUCACCAUCAGUUUAAAUGCCCUUAAAGUCAGAUGGCUGGCGAUCCCCAAAGAACAUUCUCCAAGCAUAGUCAGUCAACUACAGCUGGCUCCUUUCACCCAGGUGCCAUCUGUCCACCCAGGCACCCAGUCAAAGAAUAUGUAACAAUUUUAUGCCUCUUUCCUUCAUUCCUCACGUCCUGCGUAUCCAUCGACUACCCGACUAGCAUUCAGCAGUGAGGCUGUUUGAAGGUGCAAGUGCUAUUUGUACAUAGUGUGCACACUCAUGUUUGCCAAAAGGAGCUUUUGCAGUGUAGCAUCACAGCCUUGACAGCUAGAGAGCAUCACAGACAAAAAAACAGAGCCGUUUGCAUUUUAUGUAGUCUCUCUGAAGUUUGAAGUGUUCAGGGGUGGGGUUGCUGGGAAUUUUUGGGGGGAAUAUAUUUUGGUGGCUUUUCAGGACUUUACUGAGAAGGCCCCCAUUUCACUGUGAGGCUAUAGCACCACCAAGUGUUCAAGUGAGGACCCGAACCAUCAACGGUGGUCUGCAGAGAGUUCUUUCCACCACAGUCAGGAAUUAACAAACGCCCUGAUGAAAUAGCCAUGAAAGUAAAUCAGUUUCUUUAUUUUUUUCAGUUCUUUCCCUUGACACACAGUGUGUUUUCUCUUCUCUUGAAUAUUCAGAAUGGACUUUCCCAUGAUUUGUUUGCAUAAUUGUGAAGAUAAAGCGGUGGAUCACAAAGUAAAAUGGGGAAGAGCUGUCUUCUGCAGAAUCCACCCGCCUAAACCUCUCAAUUUCACACGCCGCUGAUGAAAGAGGGAAUGAUUUCUUUGAUUGAAAAGAAAACAAAAGGAGUCAUGUUCAAUGUAGCUCCAUCCGAACCCCUUCCAAAGAGCCAUUAAAGAGAGGAAACCAUCAGCUGUGAAAUGAUAGAAAAGAAGCAACUUGAUAGUGUUUGGUAAUGAUGCUGAGAUUAAGCAGCACUUGUUAUGAAUGGGAUUAUAGUGUAUGUUUGUUGCCCUCUGUGUUCCUUUCCCUUCUUCUUCAUUUACUUCUUGAAGUCAUACUAUCUGAUGUUUCCACUGAACUAAGUGUAGCAUGAUUUUAAAAGCUUUUAAGGAGUCUCAUUUACGUGUUUAUGUCAGAGCAGAUAUUUCUAAUUGAAGUAUUUUGUUUGGAUGGUGCGUAUAGGCUUGUAUGGGUGUGUGUGUAGUUUGAAUAUGAAGGGCUGAGUGUCAUAAGGGAUGUGUGAUGAAGCCCAAUGAAUACUAAGAAGUCCAAAUUUUAAACACAAGAAACACAAAAUAUAAGAAUCUUUUUAGCAUGACCUGUUAUUUUUUUCUUUUCUAUUUGGAUGGAAUGUGUUGGCAAAUGGGAUAUUUUAAUGGGAGAUGUAUAUUUUAUAAUAUAAUCUACAUUUCUAGAUUAGUAGAGACUAUUGAGUACAGUAUAUGUACACAAAAAGCAUAUAUCAAAUGUGAAAUACUACAGUAUUAUUAUGAUAGAUUAUAGCAUUGUGUGAUACUACAGCUGUGUGGCAUAUCCAGAUUCAGUACAUGUGAAAAAGAAUUUCAAAUGAUUAUUAUCUUCAGUUUGUGAGUGCUGGGUCAGGUUCACAGGGUAUAUAACUGGCAAGAGUUAAUUGCCAAGUAUGAUCCUCCUUAGGCCUACUGUAUAUCUGUCUGUGGUUCUAACAACAUAUACUGCUGUAUCCCCUCCCUGUAUUCCCUCUUUAGAACCAACUACAUGUGCCUAACCAGCUAUAUGUGGAGGUUUCCUUUGAACACAGUUUACAGUAUAUAUAUGUAUAGAAAGAUAUGUAAAUAGAAAAGUAUAAAAUCUGCAGAGAAUAUUGUUGAAGAAAAUGUUUUUAUUGUACUGACAUGCCAUCCUUUGUCUCCCUCACUCUCACGUGCAAUACACACAUAAGACUGGCAGAUUUUGUUGAUGUUAAUACUGCAUGUUUUAUGUCAACCUCCUUUGAAAAUAUAUAGCAGAAUCUCAUUUUUGACUGAUAAAAGGAAGGAAAUUUUGUAGCUUAUUAACCUUUUUUGUGAUUGAAGAAAAAUUGACAAGAUUUUACAGUGCAGUUAUUUCAACGAGUCACUUCUUUGUACUAAGAGUAUAUCCUUGGAGGACAAUGAUACUGGCAACCUCGAAACAGCAAUCAGUGUUUUGAUUUGGAUCUCAACAGAUCAAUUUAACAACCUCCAUGUGAAAUAAGCUGCCCUGGCGAUGAAAAGAAAAAAGGGCUGAGAAUCAGACAUCAUGUUAAAUUCAUCUGCGGCAGUGUGGGUUGCAGAUCAGCCUUUUUAUCCCCUCAUCCUUCUCCUCUGUUACCCUCAAACUUGACAACAUCUCAGUGGUGUUUAACUCAGCCCUCAUCCAACAAAGCACAAAGACCUGCUUUUAUACUGUUACUCCACUGUGAAGGCCUCUGGACUCCACCCUCACAAUCUUCAAACCCACUCGCGGAGGGGUGGCAAGGUCCUUCCAUUACGAGUCGGCCUUGAGGGACACUAGGAAUCAAAGAGUCUUUGUGGGAUAUUUAUCCACCGUAGCAACUACUACUACUACUACUUCAAUUAUCGCCGACUUUCUUCUCUAUACUUUUGAUCACACGUUGAGGUGUUAGCCAGCCACCUUGCCUUGAAACAGGUCCAUUGCAAACACACUUUUGGUGGUAUUAUUUCCAUACUUUUUGUUGCGUAUUUCACCCAUCCAUCUGUCCAGUAUACUCACAGUAUGAAUACACACCUGGGUGUAUAGGUACAAUAUAGUGUACAAACAUGAUCCGAGCACUCACCACCACACCAGACGGACUACUAUACAAACCCUUUCACCUCUUUCUAGAAGUGCAAAAACCCCUCGUGAACAGCCAGAUGGACAAGUCAACUCAGAGUACCUCAGUUUCUAGCAGCAGUGUCUCCAACCCCGACCCAGGCCUCUGUCCUCAGGGGAUUCUCUUAACACCACACAACCGACGGACCCUGAAAAAUACAGGACCACAUCAGUCCCACUGGAAUGUUGUCCAUAUUCUCUGAAUGAAAGGGGGAAAUCCUUUGAGCCCAGAUUCUCUAGUAGCCAUUUUCUGAGACUGGAGAGCAACAGUGAAAGGAGAGGUGGUUGAGGCAAGAGCUCAAUUGUAGCCAACGUGUGUGUGCUGUAUACUGUACAUCUGCAGGAGGGAUGCUGUAGCAGCAGAUUUGAGUUUUAGUUAUGCAGACAUUUGUGAGAAGCAGAGCUGCUCUGGAGGAAAAAGCAAAAUCACAGAUUGAGUUAAACCUCAGUGGGAGAAGCCAAGGAAGUAGUUUUCCUAGUUAGAGAUAUGAGCUGUGGCUUUUUCUCCUUGCAAUAUUUCAAACAGUCAAAAACCGAAGAAAAUAGCUGUUUUCUGGUCAUGGUCACCCCAUGCUUCCGCAGUUGAAUGCUUUUAACUAACUAGCAACAGUAUGAAUUGCUGGGAUAGCAUGAGCAGUAACUUAAUAUAGCUCUGAUGGAGCGUUAGGAGAGCAGUAAGUGAGUAAGGCUGAUUACGUGCAUGCAUCAUUUCCUGUGAAUCAAUUGCAAUUUCAAUCCACUGGAGGACACUGGAAACUCCUAUCUCAAAAAGGGAAUUACAGAAUGUAAAUCCAUGAAUAGCUAUUGCUGAAAAAAUGGCAACCAUAAACAGUAUCAGAAACCUGCAAUGAUUUCAUGAAAACUUUAAGGAUUAUGUUUUUAACACUAUACAAAAUUUCCUUAAAAUGUAUCUUUUGGUUCUCGCCUCAGAGGUUUUAUUUCCAUCCUCCCCCAGAGCAGCUCAAUCUGUAUAAGAUGUUUAACUGAAACUCCAAUGUGCCUUUAGCGCUGAGGUGUAAUUGUGUUUGUGUGUGUGUGUGUGUGUGUGUGUGUGUGUGAGAGAGAGAGAGAGAGUGUGUGUGUGUGUGUGAGAGAGAGAGUGUGUGUGUGUGCGUGUAUUUACUCUGUAAUGUUUAACAGUACGCACACAGGUAACCAUGUGGGUCAGAGACAAUUGAGCAAUUACUGUGUAAUUAACAAAAAAAUAACACCCUGCCACCCUCACGUUUACAAAUAUGUAAAUACCUGUUGCCAAUGGACAUUGCUCUUCUCAAUAUUACAUAUAUUGUUAUUACAAUAUGAUUAUUAUUAGUAUGAUUAUUGUCAUUAAAAGGAUUCAUUAUUGCCAUCACUCUCAUUAUUAUAAAUGGUGUUGUCAACUAUAGCUAUGGGUAAACAUUGUUCUGUAUUCAAGGGCGAGUCUUGUGUAGAAUAACAAAAAAAUAGUUUAAUCUAUGAUGACAAGUCUUAAAUCGCUGCUACUUAGGAGAUGGAGUAGAAGAAAAGCAAACUGACAAUAACUCUGGGAAGACAUUUUUCUCUGGGAUCAAUGAUGGACACUCCAAUGAGGAGUGAGAGAUCACCAAAAGAGGAAAGUAAGCGUUGAACAGAUUGAUUGAAUGGAAGAUCCAAACAUAAGACCUUUAUUUCUCCAUGUGCAUUUAUUCCACUCUGAACUCUUGGUUCUGCCAGAGGAGGAAAACAACAUGGACAUCAAACUGAUACAGACUCUACUCUCUCUGUAUUCUACUCUAUAAUGUAGCAACAACUAAAUAGCCCCUUGUUCUCUACUGUCUCCUCCUCUUUCAUCUCUCUCUUGUAUUUCUCACUGAACAUAAUUUUUAAUCAGACGGGUUUGAUACAGCGAGCUUUUCUGUCUUUAAGCUCAGCUUUAUUCUUGAGUUCUCUUGUUUUAUACGUUUGAUUCAGUGCCAAGACAGCAUAUUGUACAUACAAACAUUAAAUGCUUUUGUUUUUUUUUCUCCUAUAAAAACAGUUGACUGGAGCAUAUAGCAAUAGCGAUGCCAUAAGAUAUGAACUUUGUUUCAUAGUGCCACCAGAGGAUACACAAGAUGCAUGAGAACACCACAGUGACCGGAAAAUGCAGUCUGAAUAUGUGCUGGACGGCAGGGGUGGGCAUUGCACAGUGAAGAGUAAAUCAUGAUCCUGUUUUAUUGUGUUGUGGUUCUCAUUUUGUACAUACAAAUUUAUUUAUUGAUCUUGUAUGUUUUAUGGAUCUAGAUGUGUCAAAGGAGCACGUCUGAUAGCGCUGAAGCCCAGAGAGAUGGCACACUGUGACGUGGUUUACCCCAACACAGAAUGUAACACUGUCAACGUUGUCAAAACAUUUUCUAAUGGCUAAUAUUAUUACUAUUAAUAUGAUUAUUAUAAAGCUAUUUUAGCGAGUUAAAUCAGG